ACUGCUAAACUACUCUUUUACAGUCAGAUCUGUCUCUUUUUUCUCUUUUAGACUUCUUAGUCCACUUUUUGUUUUCUUUUCUUUUCUGGAUCUUUCGCUUUUAUCCUCACACUUUUCCCCAUUUCUUUACUCUGUUCAAAUCAACGAGCUAAUUUCCGAUUAACAAUGGAGGACUGGGGCCCAGUUUUGAUAGCAGUGGUGCUGUUCGUGCUGUUAACUCCGGGUCUACUAUUCCAGCUUCCCGGCCGUGGAAAAACGGUUGAAUUCGGGAACAUGCAAACCAGCGGCGUUUCCAUUUUGGUCCAUGCCGUAAUUUACUUUGGCCUCAUCACUAUCUUACUCCUUGCCAUUGGCGUCCAUGUCUAUGUCGGCUAAAGUAGUUUUUACCUUCACUAUUUGUAAGUUUGUAACAAUCUCUCUCAGAUCUUUAUUAAUCUCUCUCUUGCUUAUAGAAUAGUAGCAAUUGAUCUUCCAUUUUCGAUUUCUUAAUUUGCUACUACCAGAUUGUAUCAAUUGGGUGAACUGUUAAUACUUAAAAGCAUUAUGCACUGCUUCUCUAAUUUUACCUUAACUUGGUGCAUCAUUGUACACGAUUAUUAGAUUCUCCAACAACAACAAGAUACACAGUGAAAUCGCACAAGUGGAGUAAGAUUGUACACACACCUUACUACUACCUCUUGGGAGGUAGAGAGGCUGAUUUUAAAAGACGCUCGUCUCAAGUACAACAAAUUCAAGUACAAAGAAGAAGAAAAUAGCAUAGAAAACAUAGCAACAAUGAAACACAGUAAACAAUUGGCAAAUAUUUUUUUUAAAACUUCGUAUGGAAUAAUGGUCCUGCUUCAAGUACUAAGAUUUAAAAAAAUUGAACUAGUAUUAGAGACGGAUCUAGGAUUUGAAGUUUAUGAAUUCUUACAAUGCGCUCAAGUUAAUGUAAAGUAAUAACUGGAUUCACAAUCAAUUAUUUAUAAAUAUUUUGUGAAUUUUGUAAUACAAAUAUAAGUAUGAACUAAAGUUACUGGGUUGCCAGGAACCCAUACCUUAGGCUAGAUCCACCCCUCUAGUAUCCAUCCAACAAUCCGAAUUGUGGAAAAUAUUAAAUCUCAUUCAUCCAUAAGUAUUUAAGAAUUGUAUGCUUUGCUGAAUAUUCUAUAGUUCCUGAGUUUGAAACAUUAGACUAUACAUGAAGGAGAAUGACUUGUGGUCAAUGUAUAGAUUUGUUUUCAUUUUGCCACUGCUUGAUGUUACCUCUGCCAAUAUGAGAUAUGCAAAGCAUAGCUAUGAUAAAUCUUCUCAACUGGAAAUAAAGGAUUGACAUAGCUGGUCCAACUAAUUUGAGAUUGAAGAGUAGUUGAUCGAUUGUCACUGCUGAAUAUUGUUUGCCUUUAACUGACACUUCAUUGUUCAAUGGUCAAGCCAUUCCAUUUGGGUAUCUCGACUCGUCUUGUUAUUCACUUUUCCUUUUCUCCCUUGUUUGAAUCUUCAAUCUUAUCAUAUACAUCUGGAAUUCUACUCUUGCCUAAUAGAGAAUGGGCAUGACCCUUCCAUGUUCUAUCGUCCAACGGACGGGCUAUUUUGAGUUCUAUAUUUAGUUCGGUUGGAUCAGUCGCAUCUGACUCUGAUUGUAGUUUCAAGUUCACAUGUCGUACUAGAAAACAGGGGCUAAUGUUUGCAAUGGUGACAUUUCCUGAUGUUGCAUUCUUUCUUCGAGGAUGAACUGAAGAAAAGCUGAGGACAAGUUGAAGAAAAGUGAUGAAACCCGCUAUAGCUACUAACUCCCCUUUUACUUCCUCAUACAACAUGUUUGUCUGAAUACUAGCAGCAGGCCUCCCAUGAGUUUGUUUUCCAUGGGGAUUGCCGUGAGAUACCUGCAUACUAAUAUUCUAUAUGCCUCAGUGCCUUUAGCACCAUUCACUAAUAUAUCAUGUCCUUUUAAGUUGAA